UAUAUCCAUUUGGAGAUAUGCCGAAUAAAACGGGGAAAUAUAUAGAAUAUAGAUAACUAAACGCGUAAUUCCGAUAUGAUAUUAUAUUGCACUAAGUCGCCGAGUGGGUACAAAAGGUACGGACUACGGACAGUACGGACUACGGAAUCACUCAUCAGUUCACUUCGACAUGUCUUCGGAUCUUCUGCGUGGCUCGUCAAUGCCGAAUGCAAUUUUAUUUCAGUGUAAAUGCUCUUGUGUUACAGUCCGGGUUUUUAAGUCGAAAUAGUGCCGUGUCGUGUGUAUCGAUUUUUAAAUAAUUUCAAAAAUUUAAAACGUGUUUAUAUACCUACCGUAAUCCAGUUCGCGGCGAUGAUGAAUAUUGAGGAAAUGUGUGUUCAAUAUUUGGGUACCUACAACAUUUCUGGAAAAGAAAGGAGCGGUGAAAAUGGCGAGAAAAGGAAAUAUGAAGGAAGUUUUUGUCAACAAAAAGAUAUUGCAGUGAUGCCCGUAUAGCCACUCGCUCGCUGCGACAAAAAAAAAAACGAAAAUAUCCACCGACUUGUUGUACAACACCACCUUAAGUUGGUCACAGGUUAACCACCGUAGAACCACUCUUACCAUUUUCUCUUAUCACUCACGGACACCCGGGUAUCUAGACACGGUCUUUAUUUUUUCGGGUCAUUUCUUUUGAACUUUUAAGGCAUUCAAAUCCUGGGCUUAAUAUACAAUUUACAAUGCAAAAUUCAAAGCAAAUACCAGAAACCAGGAGAUGUAAACCAGCCAAAUUAUAUGAAAAAUCAUCAUUUGUUGAUAUUUAUGAAGUAUUGCAAUCCUUAAGAAAUGGUGAAGUUUUUUGUGAUAUUAAACUUGAAACAGAUGAUAACAAAAUAAUAUUCGCACAUAAAGUAGUUUUAGCAUCGGCUAGUCAAUAUUUCCAUGCUAUGUUCACAAAAUUUCUAGAAGGGAAUCUUGAUCUUGUAGUUAUAAGACAGAUAGACUCAACCGCUUUACUGCACUUGGUAAAUUUUAUUUAUUCAGGGAAAAUCAUGGUUACUGAAGAAACCGUCCAGGUUUUGUUACCAGGUGCAAAUCUCUUGCAGUUAGAAGUAGUAAAACAGGCAUGUUGUGAUUUUUUACAGACACAACUCUGCCCUGCAAAUUGUAUCGAUAUAAAUGCAAUAGCUAAUUUAUAUAACUGUACGGAAUUGUUAACAAGUUCAGAACAAUAUAUUCAACAACACUAUUCAGAAGUUGUUGGUAGUGAAGAUUUCCUAUCUUUAUCAUCGGCACAAGUAAUUAAGUUGAUCUCCAGUGAUAAACUUAAGGUUUCAUCUGAAGAAAAAGUAUUUGAAAGUGUUAUUCGUUGGGUAAAACAUGAAUUAGGUUCAAGAAAAUGUUUUUUACCCCAUUUACUGGAAUACGUACGUUUACCAUUAACAUCAAAGAACUACAUAAUAGAUAAAGUUGUUGAGGAACCUCUUCUUAAAAAUUGUUUUAAAUGUAAAGAUUACAUAAGUGAGGCAUUAAAUUUUCAUAUACUCAAGGCAGCAGAACUUAUUCCACAAAACAUCCGGCAUCAACCUAGAUAUGGAGAUAAAGUGAUAUUAGUUGAUGGUGGAAUGGAUACUAACGUAAGUAAGGGUAUAGAAUGGUAUGACCCAAAAACGGACCGAUGGCAGUAUGCACCAGAAAUGUUUACAACCCGUGAAGGAGCUGGUCUAGCUGUAGUGAAAGAAAAUUUAGUGUUUGCUGUGGGUGGUGUUGAUAAAAAUCAUGUUGAAACUCUUCGUUCAGUUGCUGUGCUGGAUGUUACUUCAGAAUCACCAUAUUGGAUACAAACAGUUGACAUGAUAGUUAAACGAGAAUAUCCAGUAGUUGGUGUAAUAAACGAUUAUCUAUAUGUCGUUGGUGGAUUUAAUACUGAUGAUGGAGAUUUAAAUAGUGCAGAAAUGUUUGACUACAAUACUCAAGAAUGGAGUAUGAUAUCUAGUUUACCUUUUAUAAGAUGUUCCUUUGGGGCCGGAGUCCUGAAUAAUCUUUUAUACGUGGUAGGAGGAUAUGAUCAAUCAUCACGGGAUUUAGACACUGUUGAAUGUUAUCAUCCCAGUUUUGAUACAUGGAAACCAGUUGCAAAAAUGUCCGUGUGUCGCAGUGAUGUCGGAGUAGGAGUUUUAGAUGGUGUACUGUAUGCUGUAGGUGGUUAUGAUGGAUUGAACUACCUUAGUAGUGUUGAAACAUACAGACCAAGUACAGGAGUUUGGACUUCUAUAACAGAUAUGCAUUUGCCUCGAAGACAUCCUGGAGUAGUUGCAUUAGACGGUUUAUUGUAUGUUGUCGGUGGACUCGACGACUCUCACUUUUUGUAUUCUUCAGAAUUUUACAACCCACAAACCAAUUCUUGGACCAUGGUCACAACAUCAAUGAAUGAUGAACGGAUUCAUGCAGUAGUACUAGCCAUUAAUAGGCCAAGACAUUUUACAACUUGUUAGCAUUCAUGAUGUUUAUUUUAUACAAUUUAUUAAUGUUUAUUAUAUUGUAUUAUAGUAUCAUUAUUGAUUUUCCAUUAA